GUAAAAUWAGUACAAAACCCAAUGAAUGAGCUGAUUUGUUGCCGCCAUCAAGUUGCAAAUCGGACACACUUUCUAGGACAAAACAAGUACGGUAAGAGAUUUGGAAGAACGAUCUUCGAAAUUUACUGGCCAUCAUCAAAUCAGGCAGAAUGGUGAUGUUCUGAAGUGUUUUUGUAUGCAUGAUUGCUUUCAAGGUAGAAACGAGGAUGAUGGCGAUGGUAACAACAAGGCAACAGCGAUGGCUAAGAACAAGUUGUCGGAUCUCCGGUAUUUCUCGUGAGGCGGGCGUCUUUUCUGAUUUUCUGAAGAGAAAAGKGGUUGGAAGAUUUGCAACGACCGAGACCGCGACUGCGUCAGUUCCACCAUAUUGUCGUUUCUUGUCCACUUCCUAUAUGCCUGUUGGUGUGAACAGAAGAUCUCCUUUUGAGAAAAAUAGGCAAUAUGCUGCUUCGCACCGCCGCCAGCAYCGCCGCCAUCUCUCUUCGAAACUAGAGCCGUCGAACAAAGAACCAACGGAAACAGAACCGGCGUUUCGGAACCCCCUGCAUCGCGAUCCGUCGAGAAUAUCUUCGUCCGUUGGGAGCAUCUAUAGGCCUCCUGGCUACUUCCUGGGAGUCGACGACAAACCCGUGCUUCUUCCCGCCGACGACACUGCCGUGAUCGAAUCCGUGCGGUCCUGCAUCAAAAUCGAUGAGGGCGAGGACGGAAGCGACGAGACCGAGGGAKGCAUCGACCACUGGACCGACGGAAGCGAGCAGCGCYUGCGCACGGAAAUGAGUCUCUGCUUUCURGGCACCGGUGCCGGGAGCCCUGCGAGCAUCMGGUCGACGUCCGGGACCUUUCUGAGGCUGGCCCGGACGACCUUCAUGUUCGACGUGGGAGAGGGGACCCAGCGGCAGUUUCAGUUCGCGAAGGGAUCGUCGAGUCUGUCGAAAAUCGACAAGAUAUUCAUUUCCCACUUGCACGGAGAUCACAUCUUUGGGCUCCCCGGGUUUUUGCUGAGCAUGCAGACCUCGCUCAUGCAGGUAGACGACAGCGCCCGCAAAACCAACAAAGCGAGGGGAAGAAGGCGCCAGGGCGCCAGGGGCAAAGAGGAGUUUACCGUCGAAAUAUACGGUCCACCGGGGUUGUUCAAUUACAUAUCGUCGUCGAUCACGCUGAGUUGCACAAGGCUGCACCUCUUGAAUGUGCACGUCUACGAACUGGUGGGAGGUCGCGUCCGAAGGGUGGUGACCCCUCCCCCCAGCGACGGGAGGCACCUGCCCCGGGGCUCGUCACGGCAGCAACGCAACAACAACCACACCCGCGAUCCCUUCCACAGCGACUAUCCCGAGUUUCGGCACAACGGGGGGCGGCUCCGACGGUUCGAGAUCCCGUGCCGGAACGGCGUGUGGGAMAUCCAGGACAACGCCCGGCCCGCCACGAGAGAGGACCUCCUGGCGUUGCCGAGCAACCGCGGAAGGGGAAGCCGGGGAGCCCGGGGCUCCGACGAGCGGGUCCGGAUCCGGGCGGCCGAGGUCGACCACAUGCCGGGGGUCGCGACCUUUGGCUUUGUCGUCGAGGAGGCCGAGCCCCCGCGCAACCUGGACGUAGCGAAGGCCAGGGCCCUKGGGGUCUCGCACAAGAACAAAAAGUACGAGCUCCUCAAGCACGGCUUUGCCGUGACCUCCGACGACGGCUCGGAGCGCCAAGUGGAACCCCACCAGGUCCUGAAGGCCGCGACGAAAAAGGCCCGCAAGAUUGCGGUCAUCGGCGACAACCGCGGGUGGACCCCCCAGAUGGCAGAGAUUGCGAGAAAGGCGGACGUCCUGGUCCACGAGGCCACCCUGGUCGAGGAAGAUCCCUCGCGGGGCCACUCCACCGCUUCCAUGGYGGGCCGAAAAGCCGCGGAAUGCGGUGCCAAGCUGCUGGUCCUSAACCACAUCAGCCCCCGGAUGGAAUCCACCCUGUCGGAGGUCGUCCGGGAGGCCUACGACGCGUGCGGCAGGCAGCUGUCGGUUCUGAUGUCCUUUGAUUUCAUGGAACUGGCCGUUCCAUGGAUGGGUUUUGGGACCACCGAUGGGGAAGGCGGGGAUGCAGGCGACGAGGGYGAAGACGAGGACGAAACGAAGCGAAAAACCCCAGGGGACUGGACACGGAGUGUCUUUUCGGAAUCCAAAGGAGUCGGUGAACGUAACACCGUCGGCUAGCUCCGUUUCCCCGCAAUGCGAAGCACCACGGAAUAGAAUUAUAGAACGAAC